AUGGAUGAACAACUUAUAUUUACCAGUGGUACGAGCGGUACCGUUGGGACCUUACAUUCGUUAGAUCAGUCGAAUUUAAGACAAUGCCAAACGGAAACGAGGUUUUCUAGCUGUAUUGUGAAGCGCAAGUACUUAUUUGUAGCACAGUCCAAGAAAGCUUUAAUCCAGGUUUAUAAUUUGAAUGGUUCGAACAAGAGAGAAUCUGUCGAACAAAGACUUCCAGUACCAGAAGUUUUACAAACAAUCGAAUGUGUUGAUGAAGAUGGAUUACUAUUAGGUGCAACAGAUGGCGGAAAAUUGUAUAUCUGGCAACUAGCUUCGGGUAAUUUACUAAACGUGAAGGCAAUGGCACAUUACCAAGGUAUUGUCAAGAUUAAGAGUAUUUGUAACGGCAAGUACAUUGUUACAGCCGGUAACGAUUCAAGAUUGAUAUUUUGGCAAACGAUGGACUUGGUUCAGAAUGAUGAGCCCAAGCCAUUAUUCAUUAUCCAUGACCACACUCUUCCAAUAACAGAUUUCGUUUUUAGCAAUACUUUAGGUCACACUCUCGAGGGUAAGUUGUACACAGUUUCCAAAGACAUGUCUCUAAGAUGUUACCAAAUUAGUGUUAACCACGAACCACACUGCAUUUCAACAUUCACUUUCUCCUCCACUCUAAACUGUAUCUCCUUAGACCCAGCAGACAGAGCCAUAUACGUCGGAACCGAUUCAGGUGUCAUUCAGGUGCCCGUAUAUUACACCAUUAGCAAGAGUAUGAUUGUCAAUCUACUACAGCAUAGCAAAACAAAAAUAUACUCUAUUGUGGAAACAACUCCUGGAUCCUUAGAAAUCGACUCAUCUACCAAAGAGAAAAUGCUGCAUAUGGGACAAAUUUCGUGCACGCGUCUAGGAAACUCCGCUGCCACCUUAUUGGCUACUUCGCUCGAUGGUUCCCUAUUGGUAAUUGGCGAUUCUACUGGUAAAUGUACAGUGACAGAAAUCUUUUCAAACCAACCGUUGAAAGAGGUAAGAGCGUUAUCGACCAAUGACUCAACUGGUGCUGUAACAAAUCUAAUUUUACAUCCAAUCACCCAAGAAUCAGAAUCAUUGCUUGAGGCAACCAAGGCUACUAAACCAUGGAAGUUUAUCAACUUGCAACGUGCUGUUGUUGAUCGUAAAACCGGAAUAAACGACGUGCACGUACAGUUCCACGAUACCACAGUUCAUAAUGUACAACCAGUAUCGAAUUUCGAAUCCUAUUUGGAUUCAGUGGCAGCCGAGGAACAUAUUUUCCACCAGACGGAUUCCAUUAAUUCAACUGUACACAGAGUUGGACAACUACAAACUCAAGCAUCUGCAGCCGCACCAGCAGCGGCAGAAGGUGCAAGCUCAGACAAAAACGAUUUGUUCAAGACAAAAGACAAGCAGAUUGCCCAGUUGAAUGGCACUGUCGCUUCUUUGACAGACGCAUAUAAGGAAUUACGAAAAAUGCAUGAGGAUUUGAUGAAAGAACAUCAAGAACUACUAAAUAAGACUAAAGGUGAAUCGAAAUAG